AUGGCGUACCUUCGCACAGGCGUCUUGGACGUCGACGGCCUCUCCGAGUCGGCGAUGCGCCAGCUCGCGUACACGCUCCGGGUGCUUGGCAUGGAGUGGGUGCUCAAGCCGUCGGUGGGCUCGCCAAAGCGCUCGUCCCGCCGCGCCAGCGCUGCCUCGAGUCGCACGAGUACGACGCCAACUUCAGGUGCCAAGCGCGGCAACCCAUUUGGCAACAUGAAGCGCGACGACUUUGAGUCUGGUCCCGCCCCGACCCCAGGCUUGGGUUUUUCGUUUGGGACGACAGCGAGUGCUGCGCCCAGCGCGAGCUCUUCGAGUGUGCGGACCAAGGUCGAGGCGAGUCGACCAACAAUUGUUGCUGCUGUCGAGAAAAUCCGGCAGCAAGAAGAGCAGCGCCGCCUGGCCACGAACGUGGUUCUGGACGAGUACCUCCGCACGGCAGCGACCAUUGAUGACGACAUUGGGGUGCUGCAAGCGGCGCGGCAACGCCACAACACGAUUCAGAAGUUGACGCAAGCGCAAGCCGCCAUUGCCGACGAUGCGAUCCGCCUCAACGUCGGCGGUACCCUUUUUGAGACCAGCCGCGCAACACUCUUGGCCCUGCCCGACUCGUACUUUACCGCGAUGCUUUCCCAAGGCCACUGGACGCCCCGCGAAGUCGACGGCGCCUACUUUAUCGACCAAGACGCGACGUAUUUCGAGUACGCUCUGGAUGCACUGCGCCAGGGCUCGCUCAACACCAAGGGGCUUCCUCCCACAGCCCUCCAGCAGCUCCAUUUACUGCUCAAUUACCUCCAGAUGGACUCGUUGAUGGAGGCAUCGUAG